AUGAACGAGGUGGACCUAAAUCAAGUGAGGCCUGGAAAUUUGAAGCCAGCAACCAGCUACACGAGCAACUCACUGCACGAUGCUGUAAAGCUACGCAUUGGAGAUGAAGGCAUCGCAGCAAUAGCCCCUCAAACGCUCCCGGAAUUCUUUGGCGCCGUCUGCAGCAAAUAUGCCAAAUCGCCGGCCUUGGUUUUCGAAACGCCGGAUGGCUGGACAACGCUGAGCUAUGAGGAGUACGAGCGCAAGGUGCGACAGUCGGCACUGAUGCUGCUGCAUGUGGGUCUGGAGCCGCGCACCAGCAUCGGCAUCUUGGCCUUCAAUUGUCCGGAGUGGUUCUAUGCUGAGCUGGGGGCUAUACAUGCCGGCGGCAUUUUAGCUGGCAUCUAUCCGUCCAAUUCGGCAGAGGCAGUGCAUCAUGUGUUAGAGACAAGUGAGGCCACUGUUUGCGUCGUGGAUGACGACAAGCAAAUGGCAAAGUUGCGAGCAAUCAAGGAACGUCUGCCGCGCCUCAAGUCCGUCAUUCAAUUGCACGGACCCUACGACUCAUUUGUGGGCAACGAGCCCGGCUACUAUCGCUGGAGCGACUUGGAACAGUUGCAGUUGGAGGCGAGCUACGGCUCCGAGUUGGAUGCUCGAGUGCGUUCCGUGCAUGCGAACGAAUGCGCCAUGUUGAUCUUCACCUCCGGCACUGUAGGAAUGCCCAAAGCUGUAAUGCUUUCGCAUGACGCCGUCAUCUUCGAUGCCAAGACCAUUGCCCAAAGCUUCGAGAAUGUGGAGGAGGGUCAUGAAUCUCUGGUCACCUACUUGCCGCUGAAUCACAUAGCAGCACAAGUUUUCGACAUUUUCCUGGCCAUGGCGUACGGCGGCUGCGUUUACUUUGCGGAUCGCAACGCGCUCAAAGGCACCUUGACACGUACCUUUGCGAAGGCGCGACCCACACGCAUGUUUGGAGUGCCGCGCAUUUUUGAGAAAUUUCAGGAGCAACUGUUGGCCGCCGAAGCCAACAGCAAGCCAUAUGCCCGACUGUUGCUGGGAAAGGCGCGAGCCACUGUACGGCAAUAUCAUCUGUCACGCAUUGCUGGUAAUCAAAUCUCUCUCUAUGGCGAACUGAAGUAUUGGCUGGCUUCCAGAAUCACACGCUCUAUAAAGCAGGCGCUGGGCCUGGCUUAUUGCAAGACAUUUAUCAUAGGUGGCGCUCCAGUUACCGAUGAGCUGAAGCACUACUUUUUAAGUCUGGACAUUCCGCUCUGCGAUGUUUAUGGCAUGUCGGAGACAGGUGGCGGCAUCACGCUGCACACACAAAUCAAAAACCUGUCCAGCUCGGGUCGACCCGUCGAGGGUUUCGAGGUCAAGAUCAACGCGCCCGAUUCGAAUGGUCAGGGAGAGCUUUGCGUGCGUGGUCGCAGCAAUUUCAUGGGCUAUUUGAAUGAGCCCUUGAAGACGAGUGAGACCAUCAAGGAGGAUGGCUGGCUACAUAGCGGCGACUUGGGCUACUUGGAUCCCUUGGGUAAUGUUAUAAUCUCCGGGCGUCUAAAGGAGCUGAUAAUAACGGCCGGUGGAGAGAACAUACCACCUGUGCACAUUGAGGAGCUAAUCAAACGGGAACUGCCAUGUGUCAGCAAUGCCCUGCUUGUGGGCGAUCAUCGCAAAUAUUUGACAGUCCUCCUAACCCUGAAGACGGACACAGAUGCGCACACUGGCCUCCCACUGGACGACCUACGUCCGGAUGCCGUUGAGUGGCUGCAGUCCCUCAACUUGCACUACACUCGGCUCUCGGAAUUGUUGGGAUUGGCUGCUCCGCUGAAGCUGCCUAGCAGUGAUGACGACAUAAAGGCAACCAGCUUGCAAAUAAAUCCCAAUCCGAAGCUAAUGCAAGCCAUUGAGGAGGGCAUCAAGAGUGCGAAUAGACACGCCAUUUCAAAUGCGCAGAAGGUGCAAAAGUUUGCUCUGCUGCCGCACGACUUCUCUAUACCCACGGGCGAGCUGGGACCCACUCUGAAGGUGCGACGUAAUAUUGUGCUGGCGAAAUACGCUGAGGUUAUCGAACGACUGUACAAAUGAGGACUACAACUUGCUUGGACUGGUGCUUAUGAUUAAGUUUCAAUAUGUUAGUCAUUCAGUUAAUAAAUUUAAUUUCAGAAAUACUA